AUGCCUCCAUGGCGGCAGCUUCUCUUCCUCGCAGCCGUCAUGACGGUCGCAGGGGAUGCACAGCGACCGACGGGCAGGUUCUACCCUGAGCUUGCGGGUCUCGCUACCCCCAGCGUCUGGUUCGCCUCCCCCACGUGCUCCGUGCACGCCGACUGUGGGGUCUCGCAAUUCUGUAAGUGGGAGUUUUGCAGAGGAGGGGCCGGGUGGUUCUACGUGUGCGGGAUAUGCAAGCCAUGCAGCGAUUGCUCCUGCAACGACGCGAGCUUCACUGGCUCCUGCCCUCAGGACAGGUGUCCUGCCGAACCCACACAGGAGGUGCGGUACCUGCAAGGAACGUUCGAAGGGAUGCAGCUACUGCCCGACAACUCCUCCUUCUGCUACUACAGGCUGGAGCUGAGAGGGUCCCAUUUCACCGAGAGCCAGCAAGUCGCGUCCUUGUCGUCGUCGACUCCCGACGCCUCUGCGCAGCAGAAACUAGAUGAAGCGUGCCCCUCCCUCGCUCGCAGCGGCAACUUCCAAGUGCAGGCCGGGUCCAGCCUGUCCUACAUUCAGUUCACCACCCUGACAGGAACUGACGAGCUUCACGUGGUGAGAGUCGUGGGAGUCAAGACUGGUUGCUCGCGGCAACUCACGCUGCUGGUGCCCAAUGGGAAGGUUGUAGCUGUGGCUGGUCAAGAUUCAACCUCCUUCAACAUCGGGUAUGGAGAUUGUCAGACGUACGCGCAAGGAGCGCUGAAUGCGUUCUACUGCGUCAACGACGGGGCCUGCGAUGCUUGUCCCGUCUCCUGUGCUUACUCUUGCUUCAAGGAUCCGCGGCUGUGGGACGAGGUAGUCUUGCAACCCCAGGGGCAGGCGAUGUCUUGGUACGAUUCAGAGCUCUAUGUCCCCAAGCUCGUUCAGGGAGGGUUCUCCUCCGGGCUAUGGCAGAGCACCGUUAGCUUCGCGGGCAAGACUUGUAGGGUGACGAUAGAGGUGCAGUCGAUCAGCAACUUCACAGAACUGCUUCAGGCCAAAGUGUCACUAGGUCAGUGCGAUGGAGGAGCAGCAGCCCGGAGGAGCCUCGACGACCCUUCCUCGUACCCCAAGGCGCGCGUCAGAAAGAUAGAGAGUCUUCCCUCCCCAGCUCCCCUGCCCAGCAGCCUCCGGGCAAGUUUCGUGGCCCCGACGUUCGAGCAGUGGCCGAGCGAAGUCGGGGAUGGGGAGACACAUGUAGGAGCGCAGCUGGUUGCCUACUCGCACACGAGCUCAGGGACGGAGAGCAGGAGCUGGGUUCUGAAACCCUACGGCUCUCCCAGGAUGAUCGUCAUGAGGCUGACAAUGGAAGGAAGUCUCUCCGAGUUGGACUUCCUAUCCAUCUCCGAGGCUCUUCCAGUCGCCGCUGACUCCAAGGGCAGCUGGAUAGCCUCCGCCACUGGUAAGCCUUGCCCGCAGGACGCCGACUGCCCGCUCUCCUCCUCCGAUGUCCGCAAGGGGGAGGAGCUGAGAUUCUUUACCUCGUCCAACUUCUCCUCCUCAGAGGUCGUUGAACUCCGCCUGGUGUCCCAGUGCAAUCGACAGCAGGACGUCGCCAUCCGAGUGGAGUCGAACAUGGCCGGGAGAGCAGGAUUUUCCAUCACGUGGAACUCUUACUCGUCCCAUGCCGUCUGCUCCCCGGGCUCCUACGGGCUCUCGCAGUACGGGAUCAAGAAUGCUAUCCCUCCUUUCAUCUUCUACAACUCCAACGUCACCGUCGAAGUUCCCUCCUCCUACUCCUGCUCCUCCUGCCCUUCCGCCAAGUUCUCAUGCCCCUUCGCCUCCUCGAGUAUCGACCAGUGCAUCCAGGUGUGCGCCCAGGGCACCUUCUCCGUCACCUCAGCCCAGCCCUGUCAGCCAUGCCCUCAAGCCUCCUACGCCAACAGCAGCGGGCAGACCUCCUGCUUUUCCUGCCCCCCUGGCUUCACCACCUACGAGGAAGGCAGCGACAAGGCUGAGCUGUGCUACAAGGUAGACCUGCACCUGGAGCGCGUGUACAGGAACGGGAUGUUCCUCUCGUUCCAGGUCGAGUGGGAUAUGCAGCCUCCCUCCUUCGCCUCCAGCUCGGACAUGGUCGGCAUCUUCAAGGGCAGCGACCGGCAGCUCGACUGGUCCUACACGUCAGCCACCAAUUACUUCCUCGGCAAGACCAUCGGUCCUGACGCCGUCCCCAAAGGCUCCAGAAUGCUCAUGUCCUCCUCUGCUGGUAUGGGACUCUACAACAUGGUGCUGUAUGCCACUGUAAACUCCUCCUCCUCCUCCUCCUCCUCCUCCUCCUCCUCCUCCUCCUCCUCCUCUUACUCUCAGCGGGGUGUGAUCCUGGCCAAUCGGUCCUUCCUGCUCGAGGACUACCUGCAGCCUAUCUACUGUGCCUACCUUGAUCAGCUGGAAUGCAUCCCAGCAGACGUCGGGCAGACACGGACGAGCGACGGCAUCCUGUGUGCGGAAGGGAUCAUUGCUCGUCAGCUCAGCUUCAGCAAGUGCCCUCCUUGUACAGCAGGGCUCUUCGGCUCCAAGUACUGCCAGCCCUGCCCCAUCGGCUCCUACAACAACCUCGUCGGGGCAACAGCAUGCACCUCCUGCUUCGUCGGGACGACAGUCCAGCUCUCUUUCUCCACCCUCACGGUCGGGACAGGAACGGAGUGCGUGGGAGGAAGCUGCUGCAUCGCCUGCCCUGUGCUCAUCAGCCAGGGGCUGCUUCCUCCUCAGUGCAUGUCCAACGGCAGGACGGAGGUGGUUCAACCGACAGCUGCUCCUACUACGCGGCCGGCCACCACUGCGCUCGUUGCUACCACGUCCGCCAAGACCACGGCAACGGCAGCGGAGGCGACGACGGAAGCUAUCAUCGUCACGACCCCAGCUCCCACCUCCAACGUCGACCGGUGCGGGAACGGGGUGAGAGAGACGCGCUCGUCCUCUUGCUGGCUGGAGUUGUUCGGGGGGGUCAAGCUGUGCGAUGCCGAGAAGAUCGUGGAGGACGGGGCAGGCAGGUGGCAUCUGCUGGAGGAGUGCGACGACGGGAACAUCAGGAGCGGCGACGGAUGCUCGCAGAGUUGCACGAUAGAGGAGGGAUACACCUGCAGUGCUGCCUCCCCCAGCGUGUGCUCCACGAGCUCUGGAAACGACUUCCUGCAGUACCUCCAGACCCAGGGCUCCUUCCUCGCACUGAUGCAGAGGAGGAAGCUGCUGGGGACGGAGCUCCCUGCCAUGAUCGGGAGCAUGGACUUCAACGUGGUCGGGAGGCUGGCAGGCAGGAAGACUUUCUUCCCGUCUAUCUUCAGGGAUGGAAGGAGGAGCGACUCGCAGAAUGAUCAGAUUCACCUCCUCACCAACUCCUUUCAGUGCCUCUGCUCCUCCUCCUCCUCCCCGCUGACCCUAACAAACCUCUCGGGGCUCAUUCAGACCCCCGUAGGGUUUCGCUCUUACAGCUCCUCGUGUACCUGGCGCAUGGCUCCUCCUGAAGGCGACUGGAUCUACUUGAAUAUCUACCUGUCGUUCUUGAAGAAAGGGGAAUCGAUCGCUGUCUACGAUGAGACAGCGAUGAGGGAUGAUUUUCCCGGCUACCUAAAAGCAUCUCGAUGUACUCCCUGCGUUUACACCAAGACGUCAAUCCCCACACUCAAGUCCAACAUCCCCUCGUUGCAGAACUCAUCCUUCGACUGGCUCCCUCCUCCCGCCCCGCUCACCAGCACCCCAGCAGAGCCAACGGACUCCUCCCUCCUCCUCAACACCACCACCCCCACCCCAGCACCGCCGGACCCGCGGUCUCUCAUGCUCAAGUUCGAUGAUGUCAGCAAGGAUGCAAGCGCUGGGCCCUGCCAGUUCGGGGGAGGAGGAGUGAGAGAGCCUAGGUUCGUCAACGAGCAUUUCUUCACCUCCUACGAGGAGAGCACCACCUUGCUGCAGGGCAACUGGGAGGGAGAGACGGAGGUCUACGGGCGGGAGCUGGGGCUGGCAGAGAAGCAGGGAGAGGGGAUCUGCUCCGGGCAAGGAUUCGUGACCACUGUCUCCUCCUCCACCUUGGACGACUGCAUGCGAGCCUGUGCCAGCCGUGCCAUCUGCAGCUUCUUCAGCUACAACCCAGCAGGCAGCUGCUCGCUGUUCACCUCCUGCUCCACCCUGCUCUCGACCCCCGAAGGCUUCACGACGUUUGCGGUGCAGGAGCAGGCGGAGCAGCUCAGGUGCCGCGUCAGGAUCAGCGUGAGCGGCGAGAGAAUCGUGCUGAGCAUCUCGAGCUGCGGCGACCUGAGGCGACCCGGGAGGAAGAGCACGAUGAUGGGGACAGCCGAGGGAACCAUCCGCUUUGCACAGGUCACGGAUCGCCCCUGCCAGACGACGGAGACCCUGCCCUGCACUUUCGUCGACAUCUUCUCGCGCUACGAGCUCUACAAGUACUGGCCACUGACCAUCUCCUGGUCCUUCUCCUCCAUCAACUUCCUCCUCCAUCUCCCCUACCGCGCCCUCUUCACCCCUUCCACCCCCGAGGUCGCCCAGCUCACUGGCAGCUCCUACCUCGCCCGGUUCUCGCACCAGCUCUACAUCCCCUCCUCCUUCGCCGGCCGGUUCGGCUUCCCCACCAUCGCUGACCAAAACUUCCCCUUCGUCCAACAGCCGGUGGGGGCUCAAGUUUUCAACCUCAAGCCCGUGGAUAAGCAAGUCUUCGCGCUUCCCGUCCCUCUCUUCGUUCCUCCGCAGGCGGAGCAGCUCAUUUCCAUCUAUCAGCUCUGCAAUCGCUCGGUCGACAACCUCUUCCUCGCUCUCGCCCAGACUGCUUCCUGCUCCUCUCUUGCCGCAAUCGUCUUCCCCUCCCGCCAGGAGGCCAACUGGAAGGGCAUGCCAAGCUCCUCCGUCGAAGCCGUGUGCACGAGCAGCUGCUACCAGGACCUGAUCCUCCUCCUCACCAACGCGACUGAGAGCUGCCGAGCCGUGUGGCAAGCUUGUACUGGAUGCAUCGACAGCGGAGACCCACCGAGGGUCACGUCAGAUAACAUUGUGGGGAAGCGAAUCUUCCAGCAGGUGCUCGUUCUCUCAAAGACGCUCUUCUACCUCAGCUCCGUCUGCUUUCGCAACCAUCUCGGGCUCCGAUGCGAUCUUCUCCUCCCUGACUUCCUCCCGUCUCACCCCAUCCGGUGCCCUCCCCCCGCCUCCUCCAACUUCUCCCGCAGCCCCUUCAGCCCCUCCUUCGACUUCUCAAGGGGUCAGUGCUCCAACGACUGCCGAGCAGACAUGGAGGACUACGUGAGAAGCAUGGGCUGCUGCUUGCAGACGUCAGAGAACGCGCUCAUCGCCUUGUGGAGCAGGAUCGGCCAUCCCGCCGCCUCCUCCUUCCUGGUUGAGUGGUCCUCCACUGACCGAGAACUCUUCGCCCGUCCUGCUGCUUGCGGAACUUCUUCCCUCCUCCUCCCGGGCUGCGUGCUCAAGACGUGCGGCAGCAGCAUAACGGAGAGCGCCUGCUGCAACAUCACCUGCAAUGCCGCCUCCUCCUCCAAGCUCUUCCCCUCUGUCUGCUUCUGCACCUGCAACAGCGGGCUGACGGGCCAGCUGUGCGAGUUGCGGGAGCCGCACGUGUACUGUGAGAUGAGCAUUAGCGGGAUCGACGAGGCGACGUUCUUUAUCUCCUCCACUCAGCAAACCUUCAAGAGGGUGGUCACCAAUCGCUUCAACAGCACCCCGGACACGCUUCAGAUCAACUCUUUCUCCGACAUGGCGAGGAGGGCGGGGACUCUCAGGGUUACUUUCCGUCAGCUGGUCCCGUACGAGCGCGAGGCCCUCCGAGUUGCACAGAUGAUCGUGGAGGGAGUCAAGUCAGGUUCCCUCGCCCAGGACCUCACGCUCACCCUGACUCUGACGAAGAAAGCGGGGAUCGGAGACGGCAUUGCCCUCCUCAGCAUCCCCAUCGCCUUCGACUCGCGAGGAAGGCAUCUCUGCGAUGACGUCCUCAUCAUGUGCGUUCAGAGCAACACCACGACUCCCUCCAACUCGACCGGCUCUGUCCAGCUCGCGUCCAGCUCCAAGGUCCCCACGACCUUGAUAGCGAGCCUGGCGGCGGCAGGAGGGUUUGUCCUGCUCAGCAUCGCCGUCUUUAGAAUCUACGUGCAGGGAGCGAGGGCGCUGGUCCUGAGGAAAAAGAUCCAACGCGUUCAGAACUCCAUCCGCUCGCACGUGAACGAUUCGAAGAAGCUUUUCGAACGGAAGCCUCCUCCUCCUCCUCCCGACAACUCCUUGUUCGAAGCCACUCUCGCCAUGUUGGACCCUGUGCGAGCGCAAGACAGUCUGGUGGAGGACAAGGGGAGCAGCAGGCCGCCAACAGCAUACAUCACGCUAGCAGCAGGAAAGGCGCAGAAGCCUCAGUCCAUCUGGUCCCCCAGCCGCCUGUCUCCCGACCCCCUCGAUCCCUCCAGGUCCCCAAGGACUCCCGAGAGGGAGGAAGAGGAGGACAGGAGGGAGAUCUCGCGCACGACUACCUACUCGGAAGUUAUCACGCGUCAGGUGCCGGGGACGGUCAAGUUCGUCCAUACCUACAGGACGGAGACCACCAGGUUCGUCCACGAGUUCCCCGAAGCAGCCGCUCGCUCCGGCGGCUCCUCCCUCUACCCGGCGGCGGAGGAGCCGGCGUCGUUGGUGAGCACACAGACUGAGAUGGUGGCGACUUACUUCGGCAUGUCGCUCGGGGACUCUGAGUCUCAGUCCAAGAAAUCCUCCUCCUCCUCCAACUGGGAAAUCCCAAGGAGGUCCCAACGAGUUCUACCUAAGCUCACGAGCAUGAUCCCGCAGGUCACCGACGUGCUGGGGCAGAAGAUCAGAGAGGAAGACAGUAUGAAGUAG